UUUCCCCCGUCGUCCGCUCCCCGACGCCCGCGCGCCGCCCGCCUCCCGCCUCCCGCCGCCGUUGCCUCCCGCCUUCCGAGGAGAGGGCGGAGCCGCCGGGAAAGACACUCCUGCGGCCCCUGCUGCACCGCUUGUAUUUGUCUCGCCUCCGCGCCGCGGGCUUCUGCGGCUACUGUCGUCUGCUGCUAGCCCCCGGUCCCCGUCGGUUAUACGCCUUUUCGGGCCAUCCCUGCAAAUAUGGAUAUGGCUCCAUUCAAGCUGGAUAUAGAUGAGCUAGUAGCUGAUUAUGGCAAGGAAAACAGCACGACACUUGCUGAUUUCAAGCGAGUUUGGAAGGAGAAGAAAUUUUCUUAUAUCUAUGAAGGCAGACCUAAGGCAAACUCUUGUCUCUUCAUGCAGUCCCUCUUUCUGCAUUGUAUCGGUCAUUUGACUUCUGAAAGUUCUCUACCUCGAAGAUUAGCUGGGCUUUACUGCCUUUACUGUCUCUAUGAGUGUCAGCCAUACAAGCCCCAGUUCAAGAUUUAUUUGUCUCUCGAGGAGUGCAGGCAACUGAAGGAUUUCAUCUCUAUGGCUAAGCAAAAUGGAGUGCAUCUUGUGCCGGCCCUUGUCAAAAGGAUGCUGGAUAAAGGCAUGUUUUUGUUUGGCUACAUGAAUUUGCUUCGUGACAAUGGGGAGAAGCAGGUCGAGGAAUUGACUGCAAUGCAGAAUAAACGGGUCAAAUUUGCCUGUGACAAGUUGUUUGCGAAUACCCAAGCAGAAAGUUAUAUGCACUUGGACCUGGGUGCGGAGUUCGAGCUUGAUAGCAUCAAGAAAUUGUCAAAGGAGUAUGCUGAAGCCAAGGAAUUAGCCCUUGCAGAGGCAAGCCAAACCGUCGACAUUGAAGAUGCUAAGCACAUCCUUCAGAGUGACAAGCUGUUGGGCGACAAGAUAGAUGAGGUCGUCAAAGACUGGGAUGCUCAGAAGGAAGAGUUCUACGAGAGAACAGGGUUGUCACGUGGCAACGAGCUCGCGGUGAUUGACAAUGGUGAAUCAGGAGUGCAACAUCACGAUUACGAUGACUUUGAUGAGCUCUCGCAGCUGCUUGAGUGAAGAGCGUCUCGCACAAGCCUAAAAUGCAUGAAAAACUAAUCUUGCAAUGAACUGGUAUCCCAAUAGGCCAAUUAACCUGCAAUGGUACAUUCCAAAACUAAUCUUGCAGGAAUUGGGUACAUUGAGAUAAUAUAUCGAUGGACAAUGACCAAAACCACGACUUGUAAUCUUUGAUAGUUGCAGGCGAUAGGAAACGGAAAAAAUGUAGAAAAAAAUAUAUUCGGGAUCCAAA